AUCCCACUGCAGAGGAAGAAGGCCCAAGCCAAGCAGGAUCCUCGCUGCCAGCUGUCGAGCUGCCAAGGAAACGAAAGGGAGAUGUGGAGGAGAGGUCAGACACCCAUGUACAGCAAAGCCUUGACUUCCAAAUGGAGGAUGACCUCAGCAGGUCUGAAGAAGAGGAUCAGCAAGUCAAAAUGAAAUGCUUCAGGGAGCCUCACAGCCAGAUUGAGAAGCGGCGGAGGGAUAAAAUGAACACCCUCAUUGACGAGCUCUCCGCCAUGAUCCCUGCCUGUCAGCCCAUGGCUCGAAAACUUGACAAACUCACUGUGCUGCGGAAGGCCGUGCAACACCUGAAAGCCCUCAAAGCUGGGACAAGCAGCGCCUUUACAAACACCACCUACAAGCCUUCCCUCCUGCCUCAUGAUGACCUCAGGCACCUUCUGCUCAGGGCUGCAGACGGUUUCCUGUUAGUUGUAAGUUGUGACCGGGCGAAAAUCCUGUUCAUCUCCGAGUCCGUCUCCAAGAUCCUCAACUUUAGCCGGUUGGAGCUGACUGGGCAGAGCUUAUUCAAUUUCAUCCACCACAAAGACAUCAACAAGGUGAAGGAACAGUUGGCCUCUUCGGAGUUAUACCCUCGCCAACGCCUCAUUGAUGCUGCAACGGGGGUUCAGGUCCAGACAGAUACCCCCGUCAGGCCUUCCCACUUGACCACUGGAGCCCGGAGGUCCUUUUUCUGCCGGAUGAAGCACAGUCGGAUUGCGGGGAAGCACGAGGACAAACACUUGCUGCCCGGUAUUUCCAAAAAGAAAGACACUUACAGAUACUGUACCCUCCACUGCACUGGAUACAUGCGGAGUUGGCCGAGCAGCCAGCUGGACUCAGAAGGGGACAGCGAGAAGGAAACCUCCAACCUGACCUGCCUGGUGACGGUGUGCCGCCUCCUCCCCCACGUGUCCCACCAGCCUUCCAAAGACAUCCACGUCAAGCCCGCCGAGUUCGUCACCCGCUGCGCGAUUGAUGGCAAGUUCACUUUUGUAGACCAACGAGCUACAACAGUUAUCGGUUACUUGCCGCAGGAAGUUCUCGGCACGUCGUGUUAUGAGUACUUCCACCAGGACGACCUGCAGCAUCUCGCAGAGAAACACAGGCAAGCUCUUCGAAGCAAGGAGAAGAUUGAGACGGCGUGCUACAAGUUUAAAACAAAAUAUGGCUCCUAUGUUUCACUCCAAAGUCAGUGGUUUAGUUUCACAAAUCCAUGGACCAAAGAAGUUGAGUUUAUCACGUCUUUAAACAGGGUUAUCUUGGGGCCUGGUCACACAAAAGAUGAAGAGGCAGGCAGCUCCAAAGCACUUCAGGAAGACACAAAGCAAAUACCCAUAAUUCCCAGCCUUUCCAGCGGUGUUGGCACAAUGAUCUACGCAGGCAGCAUAGGGACCCAAAUAGCAAAUGAGCUCAUCGACUCCUACAGGAUGAACUCCUCUCCAUCAAGCGGAGCUUCCAGUCCGUUUGGCCCGGCCCAGGAGAAAUGUCCACUGGUUUCCCCUCAGACCAGCAAGAGUGCAUCCAGCAGAGAUGAGGCAGCAGGCAGUUCGUCGCAGUCCCAGUCUGACUCAGGGACUGCAGCGGGCACUAGCAGCGCAGCUUCUGAAAGUACAGGUGAGCCGUCCCAGCUGGACUUGGACAGCAUGGUGGUGCCAGGGCUGAGCAGCUUCAGCAGCGAUGAGGCAGCCAUGGCGGUCAUCAUGAGCUUGCUGGAGACGGAUGUAAACAUGGGUCAAUCGGGGGACUUCGAGGACUUACACUGGCCUUUUUAGAGGGCACACAAACUUUAAGCCUCUCUCACAUUCUCUUGUGCCGUUUCCUUGCCAUUUGCCGAGAACUUCGGCACUCCGUUGUUCAUUUUGUGACCGACUGAUCUGGCCUUGCACAACUGAACCCACUGGACUUACACCAAAGGCUGCAACAUGUCGCACUUGAGGAAGCUUAACAAAUAAAAGACUAAGUUAAUAGGAAUUAUUAAGACUGUGAUUACCAUGUUGGUCCUCUCUUGCCUGAAGGAAAGUGAGGUUAAAGUGUUCACAGAGCCUGUGGUUUUUCAGUGUCUUCCUCAGUGACACUUCAGCAUCAUCAACUGGGGUUAAAACCCAGACUUUCCACAGCAGAACGAUCCAUCUACUCGCUCUGCUUGCCCCCAAUGAGUGACCAUGGUCUGGAGGAGAAUCAGACUCCUGCCACGUGCAGUGCUGCUAGAGAAACCCCUCAAACCUUUGACAUUUGCUAAACCUUUCGGUAUCCAGUGAUGACAUCUUUUUCAUAACAUGGUCUGAUUGUUCCAUUUUUUUAAACUUUUUUUUUGAGAUCCCCUUUCAGACACAAUUUAAGUCCUGUCAAAAAAACUCUGCUGAGUCGUGUUUUUUCGAUUGUGUCCUGUAAGUUCUGAAGAAGGCUAAAAAGAUCAUCUACCCCUUCUCCCAUUUAUUGAGAAGACUCAUUGUGUAUGCAAAUAUGGAGAUACAUCAGGCCUCACACCCCAACCCCCCCACCACCACCACCACCACCACAACGGAUCAAGUUAUUUUCCAUUUGGAAGAUUUUAGCACAUCCACACAAACCACAUGUACUCUGUCAUUUAGACCAGAUAAUUCAAAACAUGUGUUUAUGUUAAGAAAUUAUUCAGAAAGCAUGUCUGAUUUUGUCAGCACAAUACAACCAUGAUGUAGAACUUUAACUAAACUGUCCGAUCAACUCGAAUACACUAGUGUAGAAUCAUCAUAUGAUCAGAACCAGUGAUCAGAACACAUAAACCCAGCUGAGUCUUACAAUAUGUGCGGGGUGUGUGCACGUUCCGAACUGAUUAUUAAAGAAUUACUUCACUUUGAACCAUUAAAAAAAUAUUGUGGCCAAAAGUUUUUACACCUAAAUUAAAUAUAUUUAUGAAAAAAGUGGCCAACAUCCGGCACCAUCAACGCACAAUGUCCACUUUUACAAGCUAGUUAGCUAUUAAUGCUAACAAAAACUACAGAGAAAAUUGGUUACAUGGAGAAAGCUUUACUUUGGAACUGUUUUUACUUAAAUAAAUACUUGAAUAUUGACUCCUGUUUACAUUUUUGGUCCCAGGAUAAUUCAACUUUUUUAGCAAAACUUACAUAUAAACCCCAUUUCUUUCCAUAAGAAAAAGGAAGCUGAAACCACUUCAACCACUCAAUGCAGCUUUUACAGAAAAGUCAGUUUCUUUUUUUUUUUUUCAUUUUGCAUAUUGGACCACAUUUGGCUACCAGUUGUGAUGUCACAAAUCAUGCUAAAUAUGUAGACAUCUCACAUUUAAAAAAAUCUAACUUCUACUUAAGUGGAGGAAUGUGACAGCAGCCUGCUCAGUGAAAACCACACCCCUUAACUAAAAGUCCCAAAAGUAUCCAUAGAGAAAACCUCAUUGAGUGGAGGGGAUCUUUACAUCGAGUGUUUCUCCAUAGAGUUUGUAAAGUGUCUGUUUUCUUAUUGAAUGAGCACUAAAGGACUGAGCCCUAGUAUGCCUAUACUGUGUGUGUUCACAUAUCACAUAUUUACUGUACUCCAGACAGUUCUGCAAAGGUAAUUUACUGUACACUGAACUCCUGGGAAAAUAUGGAAGGUCCACUAUUGAUGGGAGAAUAUUUUCCAAGGGACAAGCCAACAUGUUUUUUGGACAGAUUUGAAUACUGUUGUGUCGUGUCUUAUAUUCCCCUGCUUGUUACCCUUCCUGUCAACUGCAGUAUCACUGCACAUAAAUUAACUACAGUAUUUAUGUUGCUAGGGAGACAGUAAUGUUGCAGUUUAUCUAUUUCUGAAUUUCCCAUGACCACAACUGAGUCUUGUAAAAGGAAACUCCACUUUGAAGCAUCUCAACAUUGUUUUAAAAAACAACUAUUCUGAAUCAAUUUAGUUGUUUGUACCAGGACAAACUGGCUAUAUCCAUACAAUGGAGUACAAUGGAGUUUAAUGGCACAACAUGAUUUGGUGAUUUAAAACAUUUACAGUAAUCAUCAGGUUUUGGUGACAUAAAUCAAAGAGCAAAAUGAAAACUCAUCAGUGGAGUGGAGAAAGAAAUUUUAACACCUUCAUUAGUGACCGGUUGAGGUCUGAGUAAGAAGUGCGGCCACAAUCAAGAAAUAAUCACAUAUGAAGCUAUUUAUUUUCUUAUGACCUAACAACUAGUCAUCUGGGGCUGGUCAUCUGGGGCUGGUAACCUGAGGAAAAAUGAGUUCACCUAAAGUAAAUUGCAUUUUAUCACCCCCGAAUGUACUUUAGACAUAUAUAAACAGUAUGUGAGGGUGGAUUUUAUUUUUACACUCAGUGACAGGCCUUCAUAGUACAUGUAAACUCUGGUUCUAUCACUGGUUCCUCUAAUCUUGAAAGCAUAAUGUGAUUGUGUUGCCUUGACACGGUUCAAUUGUAAAACAACCGUUAUGCGCUCUCUUUGGUUUUAAAAACAAAACUGUUGGUACUGGAUAAUAUUUUAUGUUGCCAUCAGUGCCAUUUGAAAUGGGCACUUAAGCAUAUUGAACAUGCCCUGCUAUCAAAAGACAAAAUGUCUGAUAUUUGUAUGUGCAAAUUGUUGUUGAUGUAUCUGCUGUAACUAGGAAGGAGGUUGAAGUCCUUGAAAGUAAAUUUUUUUUUCAGAAA